AGCGUACGCCAGGACCAGCUCAACAGCAGCCCUAUCAAGGCGCUGUACCCACUCCGGACCCACAACGCUACCAGAAUCACCCUCCUGCUCAACAACACCCUUCCAGACAACCACAAGGUCCACGACCCGAGCAACUCUCAAGCGGUGGUUUCCAGCAACCAUCACACGCAUCUCAACGACAAGCCGAGAAUGUCACCACGACUCCCAUGUGUAAGUUGCUAUACUCCCUCAACUUCCGAAAAAGGAAGAACCCCUGAGUCCAUCCUUUGCUGACAAAGUCUUAGCAUUCACUCCACAGACGACAUCUUCAGCACAACCAACAACAAUGGAACCUCCAUCCAUUCGUCGCAAGAAACGCGAUCCCUUCGCGGAACUCGAUGCAUUCUUAAUCAAAGACGAACCAACGUAUGAAACGCGGCCAAUCUUGACAAAGUCACAACGCGGUAUAACACUCCCCAGGAUCUCUCGACCACGCGGGGCGCCUAGAUUUGAUCCAACGGCUGAAGUGGCGCCCGAGAACCAGCCUUUGUAUGGGUUACUGAAGGAAGUAUGUGAAACCAUCCUGAAAGCCUGUCCUCCCCUUGCCUUUCGACAACUCUGCUUGGAUCUCGGUGAGGAAGAGGCAAGUUGGGUUUGGCCACGCAUUGCAAGUGAGCAAGUUGAGGAUCUAGAGACGUUGUUGGGUUUGAUGCAUCGGAAUUGGUCACCGACGUUUAGUUCACUCUUUGCCUCUUAUCGAUUUGGACCACGCACGCCAUACCUCGAAGUCUUCUUCAUUCCUGUGUUGUUGGAAGCUUGGUAUCUGGGCAUGGUGUUUUGUACGAGCUCUGGGUAUACCACGCUAGAUCCAGCCCAGCUCUCUGAUUGUGUCGAGGGCUGGGCCGAUGUUUGGAGGAAGUUGGGGUCAAAUGUUGAAACAGUAGCAGAAGCGAAUGCGAGGGAAGCAGUGACGCAGAGCUGGACACAGCAAGUCAAUGAGAUCAAUGCACAGUUGGCGACUUGAUUUGCCAAGGACAACAAGCCUGCAAGAGUGGGUGCGACGUGAUUCAUGAAAGCAUUUUACGAUAGUCAUAGCGACAUCCAGCGAGAUAGCAAGACCCUGCAUACAUA